AUGGCUGUCGGGUUAACUGAUCUCAUCGUGAGCAAACUGGCAACUUUCGUUCCCAAGUCUAUUCAAAUGGCCAUAGGAACCAUCCUAAAUUUUACGGUGCCCUGCUAUCGUCAGGAGACUUCAUGGGGAAGGGAAGAAGGGAUCGAGUCUUUAGAAGCUCUGCUCGAAGAGGAUAUUGACAUUAGGGCAAGAGCACCAUCGAGGAAGGAAAGGGGCUGGACAAUAUGGAUUCUGACCAUCCUUAACGUCAUUUUCUUCGGGGCGGCCUUGGCUCUAUACUUUGCUGCUUGGACAAGAUAUAUUGAGCGCAAUAUGUGCCUCAGGGCCACAUCUACGUACUCUCCCGUUCUCGAGGAAGUCGACAUACCACUAACCAAUACUCUACUUAACGGAAGUCUUUGGUUGGGAGAUAACCCACCUAUCUGGCGAGGCCUGCCAGAUUCCAACGAAACCAACGAAGCUUGGGACAGCUUCGAGCAUGUGAAGCCCAUUGCCUUAACUAAGGACCAAAUAACUGCCAUGGGCAAAGAUCCCGCCACGGUCGCCAAGUUUAAUGACGACUAUUGGGGCUUAGGAGACGAUGCGUAUGUUGGCGCGCUUGACUUUUUCCAUCAGGUUCACUGUCUAAGUGUGUUACGGCAUGAGGCCUUCAGGUACUGGAACCGGGAAGGCGAAACAGUGCCUAAGUGGAAUGAAAUCCACUGGAUUCAUAUACAACAUUGCGUCGGAAUGAUGAUGGAACAUCUUCUCUGCAAUGCCGAUGCUGGAUUUUUGACUUACAACUGGGUGGAACACGGAUUGCAUCCGUCCCCGGAUAUGAGUGUACGGAAGCAGUGCAGAGACUGGCGCCAGCUAGUCGAUUAUCGCGACGCGCACGGGGUGAAUUUGACCAAGUACGUAGAAUGGACAAAACCUGAAGGGGUCACGGAACUCGAACAGCCUCCAGACUGGUGGGAGUAUCACGGCCAAGGCGAUAGGGCGUAUUACGCUAAUGGAACCGUGAUUAAGAAUUGA